AUGGCGGCCGAUCUCCUGCCACCUGUAGACCACAGGUCAUGUCGAUUACUUGGUCCGACCGCUCUCAUCGUGCAAGCCAUCAUGGGUGUCCUCGUUGUAGCCUCACUCCUGCUCAAGCGAACAAGGGAGCGGCCGAGAAGACCUUGGAAGAUCUGGCUGGGCGACUUUUCCAAGCAAGUCAUGGGCCAAGCCUUCCUGCACGCCUCGAACGUCCUCAUCUCGGACGUCAUCGCUCACCAUGCACGAAGGAAAGAGAACCCUUGCAGUCUCUACUUUCUCAACAUACUCGUCGACACCACACUCGGCGUACUCAUCCUUUAUGGCGUCCUCAAGCUUUUCACACGCGUCCUUGUGCAGAGACAAGGCAGGCAAGACUUUCAAACGGGCUUCUACGGUGAGCCGCCCUCGAUGGUCGUCUGGGGCAAGCAAUUGCUUGUCUACCUGACCGCAUGCGCUGUCAUGAAGAUCCUCGUCGUCGCUUUCUUCCUCUCCGUACCAAGGAUAUACAGGCUAGGCGACUGGCUCCUCAGUUGGCUCGGCGAUCAUCCCGAUUUCCAGGUCACGUUCGUCAUGGCGGUGUUCCCCUUGAUCAUGAACACGCUGCAGGCGAUGAUCAUUGACUCGUUCAUCCGCGAGAAACACAGUGACGAGACCGAGCAGGACAAACUGACAGCAGACGAGGAAGCUGUCAUACGGCAGCAAUUCGAACAACAACCUCGCAUUCCUGACGAGAUUGUCAAACCGACCGUGUCUGCCCACGAAGGCGACUACUUCUACACUGCCAAUGGUCGCAAGCGGGACUCUUCCGAAAGUGCCCGUCGGUCUGCCGAAUCGAUCAGAGGCGCCAGCUUGCUCCUUCGCGCUCAGCCGACGCUCUCUCGACGCGGCUCGGGAGCAUCCAAUAGAAGCGCGCUCAGUCGCAAGUUGUCUGUUGCGACGCAUGACUAUCCUCCCGCAACAGAGGAAGAGGUCACUUCGCCGCUCUGUUCGCCGGGUGGCACGCUCAGGCCGAGCUACGGCAGCAUACCCAAUUCCCCGCAUCCCUCGCCAUUGCGCGAGACGGUCUCGCCGCACGGUGAAGCAGAAUCGCCGACUGCCUUUAUCAAACGCAAGCGAGGCAGUCCGCGCACGUCUGGCGAGCUAAGGCGAUCCAUGUCCCGCCAAUAG